GAAUUUGUUUUCCUUUGGUGCGAUAUAGGUGACUUUUUUUUUACUUUAAAUUAGCUAGCUAGAAAACGAGAUUUUAAGUUGUAUCUACAGUUACAAAUUAAAUUAAGUAUUUAGCAAGGGUAAGUACCUGUGAGAUUAAUUGAUACCAAAGGGCAAAAGCAAUCAGCGACAAGCAAUAAACUCGUAUUUGAUUCAAAUUCAAGCAUUAAUCAUACCAUCGCGCAAUUCCACCUUAGCUCGUACGGACGAAUACGUUUCCCAUUCUAGUUAUGGUGUACAGGGUACAUGUUUUUUUAAUGUCCUCACACACCCUAUGGACACUUUACUUGGCUGACCUAACGUUCUGACAAAAUUGUAAAUCCAGUCAGUAAUUACCUAAUUGGUUGAAUUGAAUAUCUAUAAUAAGACAAACGCGAAAAAUAGUGUUUAUUUACCAAAAAUGUAGAAAAAAUUAAGCCAAAUAAAACUCAAAUCAUAAUACAAUAAAUUAAAAUCUACCAGUGACAGUCAUUGUUACAAAAAUACAUAUUUUCAUUCACGAAUUAAAUGUCACCCUGUAAAAGUAAAAUAAUAUAUCAUAACCAUUAAUCUUCGCUUCAGCCACAGCUGAAACUUUUCAGCACGCAUGCGUCCCUGUCAAAGCCAAGUGUUCUCAGAAAGUUUUCAGUCCGACCGACUCGGCUGGCGCGGUCAGGCGUCCUGCAGACGCUCCAAGUUCUAACUCGUCACGACUUGUCUGACUUGGUCCGACUUGUUGAACUUGUUCGUUUGGACUAUUGAAAUGAAUUCGGCGAAGUUGGUGGUGCUGGUUCUGUGCUCAAAAUGUGUAGCAGUCAACAUAAAGCGCCUAGAAGUUCCGUCCUUAGUCGAGAUCGGUACCGACCACGUUAUCUUGGACUGCGAGCACGACGCCCCAGAACUGCUGCCAGGGUUCAUGAUGAAGUGGUUCUUCAAUGGAGCCUCGGGGUUGGUGUAUCAGUGGAUACCGCCUAUGCGGCCGCAGGCCAUAGGCCUGUUGAAAGGGAAGGUCGAUCUCAACUUUACAAUAUCUGAGGAACCGCUGCAAGCGUACAGAGCCAUAAAAAUCCUGAACCCCUCGACGCACCUGAGUGGGAACUACACGUGCGUGGUGUCCACGUUUGAGGAGGAGGAUCGCCAGACCAGCUCCAUGCUCGUCUACAGUCCAGGCAAAAACUUCCACUUCGUACAGGAGAAAAAAUACGUGUUCCUAGUGACACUCACGUGCGCCGCGGAGGAUUUGUACCCGAAGCCGACCAUGACCAUACUUUCGAAAGGAAACCCGCUAAAGCAGGUGGAAACACGAACGGAGAUGGACUCGUGGGGCAUGUACUCGCUGACCAGCACUGCCGUCGUGCACGAUGACGACGUAUCUCGGCCGUGGGAGCAGUUCGUGUGUCUCCUGACUCUGCCACCCGCCAACUACACGACUAAUCGAACCAGUCUGUACUACCCUGGUUUAAUGCCGACGGCCUACAGCGCCGCUAUUGAGGUGGUGAAACCACAGGAGCGGCAUACUAAUAAAUGCCCCGCUCUGAGAGAUCAUCGCGACAGCUUAACUAUUUCAGUGCUGCUUCUGACUGUUUCAUAUUUAAAACUUUUUAAACUCGUUUGAAUAUCAAAGUAUUAUUACAACUAAGCCCUAUUUCUCUUGCUGUUUUUAAAAUCGAGAAGAAAAUAUGCAUUUCAAUUUGUCAGGUAUUGCUGUUAAUUUAUUCUAUGAAUAGUUAUGCAAUGUUUGUAAUGAAAAUUGUGUCCAAAUUUAACAAAGUCUUUAUUAGGUAAAACUGUCUUUAAAUAUGGUGUGGAAUGGUGAAUAGGCAAAAUUAUUGAAUAGGUAGAUUACGUAUUAUUAAUUUAUUUUUAAAGUACACUUGUUGUGGCUGUUGUGGCAGUUUUUGGUGUUCCAUCAAGAUAUUGUAUAAUUUAUAAGACCUUUAAGUUUAUUUGUAGUCUUUAUUUUUAUUUUUAAGAUUAUUUAUAGUUUACUGUUUAAUUGCACUUGUAUCAUAUUAAUUAUAUUAAAAACGGGUCACUCACGUAUUUUAAAUAGAAAAACGCUCGACUUGUUUCACUCCGUAAUGAGGAGUAUCGUCAGGAGCUUGUGUUGGCAGACCGGCGCAGACUUCGGGUCGCAGCCCUCCGCGCCCGAUGACACAGCGCGGGCGGGGAGGCGAGAAACUACCCUCGUUUACGGCAUUGUGGUCAAAUAAUGGGUUGCACACAACACUCACUACGUCAUUCGCUAAUUAAUGGUUGGCCUACACUGUCCACCGACGUAGUACCCAAAACAGUUUCGGAGCCACUGACCAAAGUGUUUUCAAUAAGCAGCUGUAACAAUGGUACUUACUUCUAAACUAAUUUUAUUGGCGUGUCAAUAUACAAUAUUAUGAAGGAAGCAAAGAGUCUCAUCUCAAAAUGAAACCAUAAGUAUGCAUUAUGAUUUCUAAACAGAAUAUUAUUUAUUAGCACGCAUUUUAAAACUGAAAGCAUUAUGUAUAUUUAAUAUAACAGACUUCGUGCUGACAAAGGUUCUUGAAAUACUUUGUAUUUUGUCCAGGUACGAAUAUGUUCUUUUAACAAGGAAAAGGAACAUCAUUUGUUUGUGUACAUAUUUUUGUCGCGAAAUGUCAGAAAGAAAACUGUGUGCUUAAUAGGUAUAUGUUUAUACAUAUAACUUUGCUUUUUCAAGAACAAGAAAUGACAGUGCCAUCGUUCAUUUUCUGCUUCUACAACGCUGCAAUGGUAAUGUCGUCAACACAACAGUCGCAAUCCGGAUGAAACCUUUACGUGAAACCACUCAACUGUAGUCCAAAACUGACCUGAUUGUCUUCAUUGUGGUGUGAAUAUUAUUUGAAUAUCGCAGACGGUUUCAGACUAUCGUUUUUCACAAGCGUAUGCGUAUAGAUCAAAUGUAGGGAAAAGUAACGCGCGUGUAAGCGCGUAAAAACCAAAUGUAGAGAAAUUUUACACGCGUAUAAGCUUAUAACGCCGAAACGACCGUAUACACACAUAAAAAUACGCUAGUCUGAAACAGCGCUAAGGUAAAAAAAUCACAAAUUGAAAAAAAUCAUGGGUAACAUGAUAUUCAACCCUAUCGACAGCUAUUAAAUUUCAAAUUUCUACAAAUGUUUUUAUUACUGCAUAGUAAGGGUUUACACGUUGUACUUAUGGAUUAUAGUUGUAAUAUUGAAUUAUAGUUAAUAAAAAGUUUAAAAAAAGUGUUAAACAACGUGAUAAUGGUAGUGCCGCGCGGAUAGUCACCCAUAAUACGCCUGCACAUUCAUUUUUGAAUCGUGUUACUUGUUCAGGAGUGCAGAGAAUUUAAUUAUGCGCCGUGUUCUAAAAAUUCAUACAGCAUUCUUUUUAUAAAUUGGGUAUGCCUUUAUUGCGCGAAAAUCGCCAGAUUUUUCUUUGUACCUAAUUUAUCAAAAUUACACAUCUUGAAAAUAAAUAUAUGCCUUAUUAAAUUAAUUUGACGACGUACGUGGUCUUUUGUAGGCAAUUUGUUAAUUUAUUCCAUUUAAAUUCUCGGUAUUGCAAAUACCUAAAUUACUUAAUUAAAAAUGCAAAUAAAUAUGAUCAACUAUAGUCUAUUAGGCUGUACAAAAUGUUUUUUUCUUUUCUUUGGCCUUUAUGGCCUCCUAGCCUAA